AAGUUGCAAUGAUUCAUAAAUUCUCAAUUUGAGAUUUCUAUGUAAGUUCUUAGAACUAAGAAAAUUAAAAAAAAAAAUUUGUACAGAAAAAAUUCUCUCAGAAAAAAUCUUAUAAAUCCAUUGUUUCUUCAUCUUCAAUUCUGUGUUUUAACCCUAAAAAAUCUAUGAAUUUUCCCUUUUUAUCGAACUGUAUAGUUUGUUGAAUUCGCAAUGUCAGAGUUACCGACAAUCACUCAUGUUUCCGAUACGAUCGCCGUCGGCGAGUUAGCACCGCCGACGAGUUCUCGUUCUGUGACUGAUACGGUUAACGGGUCGCACCACUUCGUGAUCUCUGGUUAUUCAUUGGCUAAAGGGAUGGGUGUCGGAAAACACAUCGCAAGUGAUACUUUCACCGUCGGAGGUCAUCAGUGGGCGAUUUACUUUUAUCCUGAUGGAAAGAAUCCGGAAGAUAAUUCGGCGUAUGUGUCUGUGUUUAUUGCGUUGGCUAGUGAAGGAACGGAUGUUAGGGCUUUGUUUGAGUUGACUCUGAUUGAUCAGAGUGGUAAAGAGAAACAUAAGGUUCAUAGCCAUUUCGAUCGGUCUCUUGAGAGUGGACCGUAUACCUUGAAGUAUCGCGGCAGCAUGUGGGGAUACAAACGGUUUUUUAGACGAGCGUUGCUUGAGACUUCAGAGUAUUUGAAGGAUGACUGCUUGAAGAUUAAUUGCACUGUUGGAGUCGUGCGCUCCACAAUAGAGUGUUCGAGCUUGCAUACAAUUCAGGUCCCAGACUCGGACAUGGGAACACAUUUUGGCAUGCUUUUGGAAAAUAUGGAAGCUUCAGAUGUUAUUUUCAAUGUGUCUGGUGAAAUGUUUCAUGCCCAUAAGUUGGUAUUGGCCGCUCGUUCUCCUGUAUUCCACUCUGAAUUCUUGUGUGGACAUGAAGGCGAUGCGCAGGAAAUUGUGGUCAAUGAUAUGGAACCUAAGGUCUUCAAAGCUAUGCUGCACUUCAUAUACAAAGAUGCUCUUGUAGAAGAAGAGCUAGAGGCAACUAGAACUUCUACUACCCCCUGUAUAUCUGACACUCUGACAGCAAAAUUGUUAUCAGCAGCUGAUCGGUAUGAUUUAACACGACUGAGGAGGUUGUGUGAAUCUCAUCUUUGCAAAGAUAUCUCUAUCAACUCUGUUGCACAAAUUCUUGCUUUAGCAGACCGUUACCAUGCCGCUGAGCUCAAAUCAGUUUGCCUAAGUUUUGCUGCUGAAAAUCUUUCUGCUGUGAUGCAAUCAGAUGGCUUUGAGUACCUUAAAGAAAAUUGCCCCGCUCUUCAGUCAGAGCUUCUUAAAACUGUGGCAGGUUGCGAGGAUGACAGUAGCAGUGGAGGUGGGAAGUCAAAAAGUGUUUGGGCACAACUUUCAGACGGUGGUGAUACCAACGGGAGGAGGAUCAGGCAAAAGACCUGAUUUUAGAUGUAGGAAAUUGUUAAAAUUUGUUGAAUGUAUAUUGGGGGGGAUGUAGUGGAAAUGUUGGGAAACUACAACAAUAGUAAUAGAAAGGUAAAUGUUCAUUAGGUUUCUGUGACAUCUUUGAUGAACGUCUUGUGUGUGUGAUAUGUAUAAUCUGAAAGUUGCUAAAUACACCAAUGUGUACUUUCGUGAUGUUAUUAUGACAAGUAGGCUUUUGCAUGAA